UUUGAAACACGUGCAAUUUGUAAACAAACUAUCACUGUUCGCUGAAGAGGAUAGCUAGCAAUACAUUAUCGCUGAAAUAUUCAAACAGCUAUGAUCAAGGACAACAAAUCAAGAAAACCAUAGAAGUAAAUAAUAGCCGAUCGCGAGACGGGGAAAGUCCAUAUACUGAAUUUUAAGAGGUUUAUCCGAGAUAAGUUUCCGUCGUCUGCUACAAAAACCUGUUGAAAGCAGACGACAGCUUCAGUAAUGGCUUGGACUGGCAGGUUUUCUGAUUUUGAUAAUGUUUCUCACAAUGUGCAAUCUUAUGACCAGAGGGCAAAAUAUCCAAGAAAUGAUGUGCUAAAGAAUGCAGCUGUGACCAAACUGGAGGACUUGCAUCCUGGAGUUACUAAUCCUACAGUUGCUGGGAUAAUAUUGACCAAGGACACCCCAAAGUGCAUACAAAGCAAGAAAAACCCAGGCACUGAAAGGUACUUGCUGAGUUUUGUACUUAGAGAUGCUCCGUCCUAUUUUGUGAAUGUCACAUGCUGGGGAGCAGAACAUGGAAUCAAAGACAUUGCAGCAAAGUUUGCCAUUUCAGACAUUGUUCAGCUCACUAAUGUACAAGUUCAACCUAAAACUUAUGAUGGCUAUGAAGAUAAGUUCAAGCCCUCAACACCGAUGUCGUUCAACAUUACAUUUAGUGAAAAUCAUUCCAACAUUGACCGUUACAUUGGACCAGACGAUGACCGUUUCCGGAGAUUACAAAAUGUUCCGAUCAAAGCCAAUAAUGACUACUACAUUCUGGAGGAUGUUAUUGCACAUGGUCAGAGUCUAAGUGGGGAACAUAUCAAUCUUCUUGCUGUAGUCAAAAAGGUAGGACCAGUGAAGGACAUCACUACCAAAACAGGGAAAAAGACGAAGAGAUGCGAACUGAAAUUGAUGGAUGAAACAUGCUCCUCGUUUGCCUUGAUUUUAUGGGAAUCCGAUAUGAUAGAUAUUGUGCAGAGUUGGGUACCACUAGACACGGUGUUGUUCAUUGCCGAUGUUCGAGUUUCCUAUGAUGACUUCCGAUCUACUAUGGUAUCCACUGCAGACUCCAAGACAAUAUUCACCGUUAAUCCAGAUACACUGGAGGCUCACAGUUUGUACCAGUUCGCUCAUUCCCAAAUGAUCGAGGAUGAAGACGGAACGGCAGGGCAAUCGGAUCCCCCAUUGGAAAGUAUUACGGACGUCUACACGGUUUCACAAUUAAUUGAUAUGAAGAUAGAAAGGACAGACGUAUGGAAGCCUGCUGUGUAUGGAGUAGUCUUUGCGUACUUGUCAAAGUUUGAUGUUGAUGGGGAUACCAGCCGAGUCCUCAGAUACAGAUGUCAGAAAUGUAGACAAACAGUAACAGAACUCACCGGAUAUACUUGCAGUAAUACAGAAUGUAGUAAUGGGAUUUUAAACGCCAUCUCAUCAACUGUAGACAACACACAGCCCUCGGUUGAGUAUUCGGUGACAGUUUCGUGGUCUGAUUAUACGGGAACCAUCGAAUACUGCCAUCUGGAUGGAGAUGUUGCACAACAGCUGAUUGGAAUUAAGGCAGAAGAGUUUGCUCAAAUUUCCUUUCAAAGGAAGACUCAAGUGAAAUGGACCCAUCUUUUAGAGAAGCGCAAAAUGUACUUCAAAAUGAGUCGUUCCGUUGGAGAAACAGGCAAAGUGUUCCUGAGAGUUUUAUCUUGCAAAUCUGUUGAUGGUAAAGAAUUGCAACACAAUUUACAGUAACUACUCAGAAUGUGGUUACAUAGAACGGGACACACUGUGAUGAAACUUCUGUUGAUGUAUUAAAUAUUGAAUUGCA